AUGUCCAACGACCCUAAUAAUCUUUACAAUUUCAAAAGACCUAAACUCCACUCCGCCUCUACUAAAGAAUUAUCCUCUUCUACAAACCUAGCAUUCUCCUCGACUCUCUCAUCACUUCUCGCUUCUCAGACGCAGGAGUCUUCAUCAUCAUCCACCACCCGCGGUCGUCCUCGUCCCUCCAAAACUAGAGAAGACAUCUUCAAAACACACAACAAAGGAACCAAGAAACGCGCCGCAAAAGAUUUAGAUGAUGAUGAGGAUGGAAAUAUAUAUACCCAGAUUCGAAAGACUGGCCAGGGAGAAAAAAUAGAUGAUAAUACACUCCACAGGAGUAAAAAACGACUUGCCGAAAAAGCAAAGAUUUAUUCGCGCUUAAAGCGCGGUGAUCACGAAAGACUCGGAAACGGAGAUGGAGAUGAAAACGAAGAAACAGAAGGGCUCGUAGAUUUCGAUCGUAAAUGGGUUGAAGGAGGUGAAAAGGAUGAAGACUCCGAUAGCAAUGAUUCUUUUGGCGGCGGCGCUUCAAACGCAGAAGAUAACCAACUCGUCGAAUAUGAAGACGAAUUUGGUCGUCUCCGCCAGGUAACCAAAAAAGAAGCGCAGCGUCUCGAGCGUCAGCGUAGGAAUGCCCUCCUUGGCGCAGAAGAACUAGAGCGCAUGUCCGCUCGUCCUGCCCAGCCUUCUCAACUUAUCUACGGCGAUACUAUCCAAUCAUCUGCUUUUACAUCGACGCUGGAUUCCGAAACCGCAGAAAAAAUGGAGGAGUUGGCGAAGAAGAGAGAUAGGAGUGCGACGCCGCCGGAGAUGAAACAUUACGAGGCGGAUAAGGAGGUGAGGAGUAAAGGACAGGGGUUUUAUAGCUUUUCGAAGGAUGAGGAGAUGAGGAAAGAGGAGAUGGAGAAUUUGGAGAGGAUGAGGAGGGAGACGGAGAUGGGGAGGAAAGAGAGGGAAGGGCUGAAGGAGAAGAGGAAGAGAGAGAUUGAGGAGAGGAGGAGGGUGUUGGGAGAGAAGAGAGCGAAAAAACAGGCGGAUGCUUUCUUGGAGGGGCUCGGCGAUGUGCCUACGCCGACGCUGAUGGAUGGAAAGGAAUGA